AUGUCAUCAAACUUCAUUCUAAGAGCCUCUUUGGAGGUGAAGCUAGAGCUUGAGAUUCACUUAAUCUCUUUGGUGUAUCAACGUUGUCUUCGACUAUCAAUUGUUCUUGAAAACAAUUGCCAUGGGAAAAAAGUGGACUUCGUUCUACCGUUGAGCAUGGCUCUGGUAUCUUAUGCUUCAGUUGUAAACGUUGAUGCUCUUUGA